CCUCAACUUAUAUUUUUUGUCUUUUAAAUAAAAAAUCAACUCCAUAAUAUGUAUUGACUGGCCCAAAAUUAUGUUGUUCAAAUUAUUAAAGAGAGAAUUAAGAAGAAAAAAAAAAACUAAAUCAGCGUAGUCAUGUUGAACGAGCUAUUGAUUUCGCAAGAAAAUCAGAUGCCGCCAUUCCCAAAAGCUCUUCUCAAUUAUCUAUAUUUUGGUCAUUUCCUAUCCAGAUGGAGUGCCAGGAUGUGGGAAUUCUCUGUUGGUCUGUACAUGAUCAACGUUUGGUCAGAUUCUUUACUUCUAACGGCUGCUUAUGGGGUGGUGGAGUCUGCUUCUACAGCAUUGUUUGGUCCUCUCAUUGGACAGUGGGUGGAUAGGUUCACAUAUGUGGAGGUUCUCCAACUUUGGCUGCUAAGCCAAAAUAUCUCAUUUGUUGUGGCUGGAGGUGCAGUAAUUGCUCUUUUAAUCCGCGCAGACUUGAUAUCGGUCAAUCUAAUGGCGUUUAUCUCACUUGUCAGUUUAAUUAAUAUAUCUGGAGCUGUUGGUGUGCUUUCAACUCUUGCCGGAACCAUCUUGAUUGAAAGAGAAUGGGUAGUUGUAAUAUCAGAAGGCCAUCCUCCCGGGCUUUUAACAAAGAUGAAUUCAAUCAUAAGACGAAUAGAUUUGAUUUGCAAGCUAUUUGCACCAGUGGUUACUGGCUUCAUUAUCAGCUUUGUUUCUCUAACUGCAUCAGCCAUGACUCUAGCUCUUUGGAACAUUAUAUCCGUGUGCUUGGAAUACUGGCUUCUUACAUCUGUAUACAGUGGGAUUCCAGCUCUAAGAGAAAGCAGCCUGAGGAGGGUCUCAAGAUCUUUGCCAGAGCACUCGGAUUUAAGCCCCGCUAUUUCUCAUGAACAGAAAAGCUCGCUUCACUCGGAUGAAAUUGGAUUCGAGCAAUCUGAAAAUCUCUGGAGGAAAAUAAUUGAUUCCAUCUCAAGAUUACCUUGCCUUUCUGCGUGGAAAGUGUACUUGCAGCAAGAUGUAGUCCUCCCAGGCCUAGCCCUUGCGUUGCUUUUUUUUACUGUACUCAGCUUUGGAACGUUAAUGACUGCUACUCUUGAAUGGGAAGGAAUUCCUGCAUAUGUCAUUGGAAUUGCACGUGGAGUAAGCGCAACAAUAGGGAUAGCUGCAACAUUUCUCUACCCCAUCUUAGAAUCACAUAUUUCAACCCUUCGAACAGGUCUUUGGUCAAUCUGGUCACAGUGGACUUGCUUGUUGAUAUGUGUAGCUUCGAUAUGGGUACACACAAAAUUUCUAUCAGCAUUUAUGCUUAUGGCUGGUGUGGCUGUAUCGCGUUUGGGUUUGUGGAUGUUUGACUUAUCAGUCAUUCAGCAAAUGCAGGAUCAUGUCCCUGAAAGUGAUCGUUGUGUGGUUGGAGGAGUUCAAAGCUCCCUACAAUCUGUUCUCGAAUUGUUGACUUAUCUCUCGGGCAUAAUCAUAUCUAAUCCUCAGCGUCAUCCGGUGUUGAAUGCAGUUUUAUCAUCCAUAUGCACAAAGUAUUUCGAGUCAUUGCAUACUAGUAUUGUGGUAUAACUUGUUUCUUUUGCUGCAUGUGAUUCAGAAUUUUUGGAAGUUGAUCCUACUGUCAUUCCUUUUAGUGACACUGGCCUCGACGCUAUACAGUAUACAUGUUUAUCGUGUUAGGAAGCACCUCUUUCACUUUGAGAAGUUCAAUUGAUUGGUAAGAUCAUCUUAGACUCUGCAUGCACCGAUGAACACGAAAAACAGAAACUGAAGAUUACUUUCUUUAGUCUUUCUGUAUAGCCAUAAGUAUGUUUCUCCUUUAUGUAGCUAGUGGUUGAAGAACAAUGCCACGAGGUUUGCUCCUUCCAUGUUCGAGUAUUCUUUACAUGUACUUUUUUGCAUCUUGUAACUUGUAAGUUACAUUUUAGGAGAAAGCAUCAUGACACACUUGUAUUCCACAUUCAGAAUUUGAAGUUUAUGAAUUCAAAUUCUAGUCCUUUCUAAGUAA